AUGACCCCAGACGCCGCCGCAAACACCACCCCAGGCACCGGCCCAGCCCUCGCCGCAGGCGGCGCGGACGCGUCCUCGCGCGUCCUCCACCGCUCCCUGGCCCACGGCAUGCCCAUGGCGACCCACGCCAAAGGAAACUACCUCUACAUGUCCGACGGCAGCCGAAUUCUCGACGCGUCCGGUGGUGCCGCCGUUGUCUCUGUCGGACACGGUGUUCCCGAAAUCGUAGACGCGGUAUCGAAACAGGUCGGCACGCUGCCCUACGUUUCCUCGGCCGUAUUUGGCAUCGAGCCGGCCGAAGACCUGGCCAACAAGAUGUGUGAAGAAGCAGGCAUGGCGCGUGUCAUUUUCCUCUCUGGAGGCAGUGAGGCGGUGGAAUCGGCCAUCAAGUUGUGCAGGCAAUACCAUGUCGAGAAUGGGGAGCCGGAACGGACGAAAUUUAUCGCGCGCGAGAUAUCGUACCAUGGCAAUACGAUGGGUGCGCUCGCUUUGGGACGGCAUAAUCGGAGGAGAAAACUGUAUCUUCCGAUGAUGCCGGAUGUGUUCCAUGCCGUGUCGGCGUGUAAUGCUUGGCGAUUCAAGCAACACGCCGAGUCGGAUGACGAGUAUGUUGCGCGACUCGCAGCUGAACUCGAUGACAAAAUUACCCAACUCGGGCCAGCAACCGUAGCGGCAUUCUUCGCGGAACCGGUCGUCGGCGCGGCCUCGGGAUGCGUGCCUUUUGUUCCGGGAUACUUGAAGGCCAUGAAGAGGGUGUGUGAGCGUCACGGCGUUCUGUUCUGCCUGGACGAAAUCAUGUGCGGCGCCGGCCGGACGGGGAUGAUGCAUGCGUGGAUGCACGAUGGACCGGAAGCGCGACCCGACGUGCAGACCCUCGGCAAAGGCCUUUGUGGUGGGUAUGCCCCCCUCAGCGCUGUCCUCGUUGGGGACAAGGUCGUCGACGUGCUCCGCCGCGGCACGGGGGCUUUUGUUAAUGGAUACACGUUCCAGAGUUCUGGCACUGGUACGGCGGCGGGCCUCGCUGUGUACAAUUACAUCAAGGAGCAUAAACUGGUAGAACAGUGCGCGGCUCGGGGAGAGCUGCUCGCCAAACUGCUGCGCGAAAAAGUCGGCCCACUCAAACAUGUCGGGGACGUGCGUGGGAUGGGGCUGUUCUGGGGCAUCGAACUCGUGGCGGACAAAACCACAAAAACGCCUUUCAAGUACGAGGACAAUGUCAAUGGCCGUCUGGCCGACGCCAUCCUCGCCCGCGGCGUUGCGGUCUACCACGGCGCCGGGAGUGCGGACGGAUGGGACGGCGACCACAUCAUGCUCUGCCCGCCAUACACGAUCACCGAGGACGAGGUGGCGCACGUCGUCGCCGUCGUGGCGGAUGCGAUCAACGCGAUUCUAUAG